AGAAUGGAUUUGAAGAACCCAUUGUCGAUCGAUCAUUGGAAGAAGGCUAGGGCUGGAGUUGUUGGCUUCUAUAGUUUUACCUCUCUACUAUGGUGACUUGGUUUGUAGCGAAGAAGACCACAAAAAAAAGAAUAGAAAAAGAAGAAAAAGAUGAAGAUGACGUAGUCUGUCUUUGGGAUUGGGAUUUCUCUGAAGUUUGAUCUGUAUUCGAUUCUACAGCAAAUAGAGCUGGAUACUUGUCCCCAAACAGUGAGCAAUCAGAUCUAUUCUCUAAUGGAAGUCAAAGUGAUGCUCUUGGGUUUCUUGGAUUGAUGAAGAUUGAGCUCAAAGGUCAAUAGAAACCCAAUCCAAUCACCAGUGAGGUUAUUGAGAUAUCCAGCAAUGAGUAUCAACCUUCAGAGAAAGACAUUUUAUAUGCUGAAGGAGUAACUCUGAGCAAAGGUCUUGCGUUUGUUGAAUUUUCAUUCGAUGAUCACAACCCAAUGUCUGACAUGUACAGUGAAAGUUCUGAAUGCCAAACUCCCCUGACCAAGUACCAAUUGAUUAGCAUCAAUUCUAAGGGACUACCCGAUGGAUUCAAAUGGCUGGAAAUGUUUGAAGAUGUGAGGGUGGUAGUCUUUUGCAUUGCUUUGAGUGAUUAUGACCAGGAGUGGGUCCCCUGUAUAGGUCCACUUCAAAAUAAAAUGCUGGCAAGUAGAGAUUUGUUUGAAAAAGUAGUUAGGCAUCCCUGUUUCGUGGACACCCCUUUUGUGCUCCUUCUCAACAAAUUUGAUGCCUUUGAGGACAAAAUCAACCAGGUUCCAAUAACAGUUUGUGAUUGGUUUUGCGACUUCAGCCCUCUUAAGCCUCAUCACAACAGUCAGUCCCUGGCCCACCAGGCAUACUAUUAUGUGGCUGUAAAAUUCAAAGAGCUAUUCUCUUCUAUUACUGGCAGGAAGCUUUAUGUAUGGCAGGCCAGAGCUCGUGAACGUACGUCAGUUGAUGAGGCUUUUAAGUACAUACGAGAGGUUCUUAAGUGGGAUGAAGAGAAUAUUGAAAACCUGUAUGGAAUCACUGCAGAUGAUUCGUUUUAUAGUACAGAAAUGAGUUCCUCUCCAUAUAUUAGGCAGGAAUGAAGCUUCUUUCUGCAUCAGCUGGAGGUCUUGAAGUAAACAAGAGACUGAAGACAUCGGUUCAGUCCUUUAGAAUUUUUAGGGCUCCAAUGACUUGGAUUAAUUUUUUCGAUAUUGCUGCAGCAAGGGAGACGGUGAAGCUUCUUGGUCAUUCCGGAUCAGGUAAUCUCUGGGAGAAUUGUUCUUUUGGUAAGAGUUAAUGGCCUUCAUACUUUCAUGUACCUUGUUUGACAUAUACAAAAUUGGCCCCCGUCAGUCUAAUUUUAUGUAAAUUGCACAAAUUCUUUUAACAAUCAAUGAAGGGUACUUGGGGUGUGUUUGGAUGGCAGAGUUGGAUUGUAUUGGAGAUCUUAAAAAAUAUUCUUUCCUAUUCAGUCCAAAUCAACCCAUGAAUCAG